ACCCGCCUCCUCUAUUCCUCCUUCCAGUGCCCGGCUUUAGCCCUCUCCCGCUCGCCGCUGAGUGAGGUAUUCUUUUCCACACCGAGUCGCCUAGUUGUCGCGGCGGAGCUUUUGCUUGCUGCUGCCGCUGUCGCAACCACCACUGGGCUCCUUUGCCGCGACCCCGUCCCGCCGCCACGCCCCCAGCCCCACACAAGAUGUCAGAGGAUCUAGCAAAGCAACUGGCAAGCUACAAAGCUCAACUCCAGCAAGUUGAAGCUGCGCUGUCUGGAAAUGGAGAAAACGAAGAUUUGCUAAAAUUAAAGAAAGAUUUGCAAGAAGUUAUAGAACUAACCAAAGACCUUCUGUCAACUCAACCUUCUGAAACGCUGGCAAGUUCAGACAGUUUUGCUUCUACUCAGCCCACUCAUUCUUGGAAAGUAGGAGACAAGUGUAUGGCAAUCUGGAGUGAAGAUGGACAGUGUUAUGAAGCGGAGAUUGAGGAGAUAGAUGAAGAAAACGGCACCGCUGCAAUCACUUUUGCUGGCUAUGGCAAUGCUGAAGUGACUCCACUGUUGAACCUCAAGCCUGUAGAAGAAGGAAGGAAGGCAAAGGAGGACAGUGGCAACAAACCCAUGUCAAAAAAAGAAAUGAUUGCCCAGCAGCGUGAAUAUAAAAAGAAGAAAGCUUUGAAAAAAGCACAGAGAAUAAAAGAACUUGAACAAGAAAGAGAGGACCAGAAGGUGAAAUGGCAGCAGUUCAACAACAGAGCCUAUUCUAAAAACAAAAAAGGCCAGGUAAAGAGGAGUAUUUUUGCUUCACCUGAGAGUGUAACUGGCAAAGUUGGAGUAGGAACUUGUGGAAUUGCUGAUAAACCUAUGACACAGUAUCAAGAUACCUCUAAAUACAAUGUUAGGCAUUUGAUGCCUCAAUAAUCAGAAAAACUGUUGGAUUUCAUCUCUGCAGGGCUUUACAUUUACCUUUUUAUCCUUAUAUUUUUCUAAAGGUAAAUUAUUUGUUAGACGAGUAAGGAAGAUACCAUUGUCGUCAUUGUUUGACUUCAGUAGAAUGAAACUUGAAGAAAUUGUAUUUGAUAACUGCUAUUCAUUUAAACUUUUUUCAUUACUACUACCAGUUUCCUCAAAGUUUGUUGGAUAAAGCAACUUUUCUAGAUAGAUGCUGAAUAAAUACAGCACUUAGAUGAAUUAUUGAUCUUUCUAGUAUCAGGCCCCCACUUAAUGGAUGGCAUAUACGCUUUGUAAGGUUCUAACUGGGAAUUUUCAGAUGCUUUGAACUUGCCACAUAUUCUAGCAAUUCACUGGAACAUCAAGGCAAAAUACCAACCUGCUAAAGAGAACUUCUCUUCAUUUUUUUUUUAUCUUCAGCUUAAGCCUAGCUGUUGCCCAGUUAACCUAAAAGUAGGUUAAUUUGUAAAUGGCAGAGUUUUUUUUGAGGUUUUUCUCAACUUGUUUCCUAAGCCUAUUAGGCCAUCUCUAAAAUUGAUCCAGCUCUGUAUUCUUUUCAUUGAAUUUUAGUUUUAUGUAAGAAACCAUGUUUAGGACCAGCUACCUUUUCUAAUGUUUUUUUUUGUUUUUUGUACAUUUGCUUUCCUCCUGUGUUGAUUUUCACUUAUGGUAGUGGUACCAUUUUUUGGAUGUGUAAUGUUUAUAUGAGAAAACAAAAAGCUGAUGUAUAGCCCUGUAUACAAUGUAGAUACUAUUUUUGUAAAAAACCAAGGCUAAAUUAAUGAACAAGAGUACCGAAUGUUUCAUCAUUAAAAACUUACUGUAUUUCUUGUGCAUUAAUCUGACCAUAAUUUCCCUGUAUAUUAUGUUCACGUAGCUGGGUUUGUAAUUUUUGUUAACUAGAUCAAGUUGUCAGCAUUUGUUGGUAAGUGAACAUCACAAUUAUCCUGAGUUGAGUUUAAGCCAAAUGUAUGCGUAGAAAAGGGUCUUCCUAUUAAUGGAAGAUGGUGAUUUUUAAGAUGUGUAUUAAUUUCAGUUUUUGUAUGUUUAACUUUUAUUAAAUAAAGUGUUUUUAAAAUCUCCAGGGUGUGUUAACAGAAA